ACAUGGAAACGAUCUGGUUGUUUGGUGCAGCAGCACCGAUGGCCAAAUGAUGUUUUUUUAAAUUUUUUGUUUAACGAGCAAUAUCUUUGACCCAAGAACGUGAAGAUCGCAGCGCGCCGUUAGGUGUGACAGAUGAGAUUUAGGAACGUGUGCUACUUCUAAAUUCCUGCAAUGAGCGGUAACGGGAGUAGCAAUGUAUCUCGAGAAGAAAUCGAACAACGAAUACGCGCGAUGGAUGGAGACUGUUGUAAGUUAAAAGAGAUGUUAUUGGAACUCGAAGAGAGUUUAAUGUGGGCUGAAGAAUGGCAGCAUACAGUUACAGAAUUUUCUAAUGAUACAAUGAGUUUCAUGGAUAAAGCUUUCCACAGUCUUUCAGAAAAGCAUUGGAAUGAUUUAGAACAAAGGAGUCAACAAUUGACCCAAAAGGCAGGCAUUGCUGCAGAAGUUGCCGUUAAUCUCAGGAGCUCUCUUUGUGUAGCCCGUCAAAUUCUCACAGAUCUAAGGGAUGAAGAAACCACUACAGAAGAAUAUUACUGGCAUCAGCUGGAAGUGCUCAGACAACAGUCAGCAGGUUACCUCAACCUCUUUAAAAGAACAGAAAAAGUUUUGAACCAUCUUAAAGAUGUCCAGACUGUGUAUUUGGAAAUCCAGCGCAGACAACGGCAUAAACAUCCUGUAGACAGCGAAUUCAAUUUCCAAGAUGUAGAAAUGCAGCUUAAUAACUUGCAGUACAGAAGAGAUCGCCUUAAAAGAGCUGCUGAGGAACUUCUAAAAGAAAUUCAGAGCCUAGAACAGGAGGAGCAGCGAGUGGGAAGAUUUAUUCAGCUCUCAAAUCAAUAUUUGAUAAAACUGAAAGAGGCAAGGGAUGCUCUUCACAAUGAAAACCUUGUCACUAUGACUCACAGAAACAUUCAAAAAACAAUAAGCAAAAUGGAAGAAAGAAUGAAGAUAGAAGUUAGACCACUGUGUACAAGGAGAGAAAUAUUGUGGAGGCGACAUGCCUGGAUAAGUUACGAGGCAGCUGACUGCAGUUCUGAGCAUAAUAGGCUGGCUGUUCUGUUACAGACUCAUCUUGAGCAAACCCAAUGCCAGAUAGAUACCCUGAAAGGAGCAAAACCGUGUAUUGAUGACUCAUGCCAACAUCCAGUGUUAGAAAAGAGAUCAUCAGCUGGUAUGAGGAGUUUGAAUGGUUUGCAAGCACUAGAACAGAAGAAAAAUUGCAAGCAGAGUGAAAUAUUGUGGAAUAUACUGAAAUUAAUAAGACAACUGGCCAUCUCACCUGAGCCACAGAUGCAACAGGAAAUAGACAAUCAAUUAAAUGAAUUAGUGACUUGUGAAGAAUUUGACAAGAAAGAGGUUUACCUUAUCAAUGACCAGAGUAAUGUAGAUGUUCAGAGUGAAGGAGAUAACCUACAUAACAUCGUCGAUAAGACAAGAUUGCAAUAUCUGGCUGCACACCUAAAGGAUCAUAUAUCUAAAUAUUGUGCUACCAAAAGACCUGUAGUUUCACAAAUGUGUGAGCACACUAGCGAAAGCCAGGGAACAGAGAAGGAAGCAUCACUAAGGAAAAACAUUGGAGCAUUAAAGACAUCUUGUGAUGAUCUCAGAGCUAGAUUGGCUGCAGCAAAGCAAAUUUAUCAAAAUUUGACAGCAAAAUUGAAAAAAUAUCAAUCAGCAGAGUAGCCUAUCUUCAUACACCAUAAAUAGCUUAUUUCAAGCACUCUGUUAAUACUAAAAACACAAGAUUUCUGGUAUUUUACAACUCAUUACUUCAAUAUAUUCACUCGCCUUGUUUAUUGUACUUAUUCAAAUAAAAUUACUUUAGAAGACUAUACAAGGUAAAAUUCUUGGUCUUUUCAGGAAA